AUACACCGCACCACUGGACGGAGCUGGUACAACUAGUGGAGCUCUCCAACUACGGACCCACCACCAUGGCUUAUACCACAUGCUCUUGGAUUGCCAUUAUUUUCUUAUCUGUGACUACUAAUUUAACUGGAGUACAGUGUCGCGCCGUGCAGGAGUUACUGUCAAAGUCAUCCGCUUUUCAGGAUGGACCCAAUACUUCACCCACAGAUAUCUUGAGACGAUGGCGACGGGAGAACGAGGAGACGCAGCGGCAACAUUGCGCAUUGUUGUCAGCGCCUUGGAUGGAAACCAACGCGUACCCGAUGGAAUUAGCACAGCUUCAUCGUCUCCGGGUGGGUUCAAUGCCCCAAGGAGGUUUACGGCGCACAGUCUUUCCUGAGCAACCACUAUUCCGUUUUGUCAGACGGGUCUAUCAUUGCUGUCAGUUAGGUUUCCAUUGCAGAGGCGUCAAAGGGAUUCAGGGUCGUAUCAGUGGAGGUAAGAAUCUAAAUCCAGUCAUUUGAAGUAGAUUCUUAGCCAUUUAUUAAGCCUACUCUUGGACUAAAUUAGUAUGUAGACCUAGACCUACUAUAGAGAAUGUCCAUUUAAAAAGUUCCUUUUAGGCUUGGGUUUUAUAGAAAAUAUAAAUGAAUAAAUUAUUCUACUAAGGAACGGGGACACUGUCACAUUCUGAGUGGUAGUGCUUUCAUUUAGGCCUUACAUUAUUUUGUUGAUCUUUUCCCACCCUAGAUACAGACUUGGAGUUCCUUCUCAGUCAGGAUGUUCUGUCAGUGACAGUCAUGAGAGCUGAGAUUCAUCUAUAUGUAUUGAAUCCUCAACACCUGAACAUUGAGCCUGUUCUUCCAUACAUGGCAAAACGCAAGCUUCCCACACGGUAAGAGUCCUGGUUGACGUGAUGGCACACUCACUUAGCUGUCAUACCUCAACUUUUUAUAUAACUGUAUUCCAUGUCAAUGGAAACUGAAAGUUGUAAUUAUUAGGCUAAAGUACUGUGGGUCCUGUCUUAACCUUUUUAUUCCACAGAUACAGUUUUGGGUCAAAUGAGAACAUCCUGGAGCUUCGAGUGGAUCUGCUGUUCCUAUUCCAAGGUCUUCAGGAGGCAGCUGGUGGUGCCAGAGGGGAGCCAAGUCUGGUUGACAUGCGGAAAGUGGGGGAGCUUUCAAGCAGGGGUCCACGAGAAAGGCCAGGAGCUCCAUGGUCUCUGCAGGACACCAAUGCUGAUCUGUUGGGGGAGGGGGUGGGCCCCCUGCUGACCGCUAUGGAGCUGGGCUUGGCCCUGAAUUGUGACAGGGGGGGAGUGGAGGUGUCUUGUGAGCACAAUGGAGUCCACCAAUUACACGCUCCAUUCAUUGCUCUCUCGUACAGAUAAAGAUGACACAAACCAGGAUAGUAGACACUCACAUUUUACCUUGAGUUUCUCCAUAACCCCAUCUCCAUGUUGUCUCUAAUGUCCUCAAGUCUAUGAAGCUGCGUUUAUCUCUCGAAGGGCAACAUGUCAACUUUUAUUAUUGAUAUGUGAAGGCAGUGGAUGUGAUGUCUUCACUACAUAACUUUUGCAAUAACCCUUUGCAAAAUAAAACAUUAUCUUUAAUGUUGUGAUGCAAAAUAAAACCAUUUUUGAUAUACAUAAUACCCCAACGUGUAUGGGGUUCUGUGCACUUCAGCAAAUGCUUGAAUAUAUUAACUUAUCAGUGUUGUGUUUUGAAAGAAAGAUAUCAAUUUGUAAAGAUGUAAAUAGUGUAUAUAAUCACAUAUGUUUAUUGGAC